UAUUCAAUUCAGCCUCCCGGCACUAAAAAUCUGUUUUAGGAGUACUCUAGGGUUUUGGAGGUGGAGGAAGACGAGAAUGGCGUCUCUUGGUUCACUAAAGUCGGCUGUAUUCGAAAGGGAGGAAAGAAAAAUGCAAUACCAAUCUCAUAUCCGAGGGCUUAAUGCUUACGAUCGACAUAAAAGAUUCAUGAAAGACUACGUUCAAUUCUAUGGGGAUGCAAAGGAUUCAGACAAGUCAUUUCCCGUCAAAACUGACCAUGAUACCAUAAAAGAAGGCUACAGGUUCAUUGUGUCUGAAGAGGAUGACAUGGAAUCAACAUGGGAAAAAAGGCUCGUUAAGCGUUACUAUGACAAGCUAUUCAAAGAAUACUGCAUUGCUGACAUGUCUCAAUACAAGAAGGGCAAGAUUGGCCUGAGAUGGAGAACAGAAAAAGAAGUCAUUUCUGGGAAAGGUGCUAUAUAUGGAGCUAAUCCUAAGUUUUGUCAGUUGAAAUCUCAAUGUUUUAAUGCUUUGGCUAGCUUUACUUCCAACUAUUUUUCAAAAAAAUUCCGGCAGUUUAUUUGUGGUAACAGACACUGUGAUGAGAAGGAUGGCUUAGGAAGUUAUGAGGUAAAUUUUUCGUAUAUUGAAGCAGAAGAAAACAAGCAAGCUCUUGUCAAAUUGGUGGCUUGCAAAAGGUGCGCAGAGAAACUUGUUUAUAAUAGAAACAAGGAGAAGGAGAAGUUGCUUAAAAGAGAUCAAGAAGAGAUCACAAGGAAGCGGAAAAAGGUCAAGGAUGAUGAGGGUGCUAGUACUGGUGAAAAAUAUGACAUGAGUCCUGAUGAAAAAAAGAAAGCUCGAAAGAUUACAUCUUCAAGCCGAGAUGCAAGGGCUGAUGAGGAGGAUCUCGAAGACUUUCUUGAAGGAAUGUUUCCUUAAUGGUACUCUGCAGUCAGUUCUUCAAUCUGCUACAGAUAUCUUUGGAUUCAACAGAAAAGUUCAAAGGGUGAUCUAAAAUGGAAAUAUUUGGUGGCCAAUGCCGUGUGUUAUAGGGUUUCUGUAGAUCUGGAUCUAUUGUGUUCUUCAUUGUAAUAAAAUUAUUUAUUUUUACAAGAAAAACAACUAAAAAAAGGCUUGCUUAGUUGCUUAUAUUAUUGGUUUUUUCAUAGCUUGUAUUCAUGUCCAGAAAAAGAAAUCUAACACAGGAUUGUAAAUAUUAUUUAUUUUUUUCAUGAACGAGCAUUUGUUA